GUUCGAGUUCCUCCAGCCGUGGCACCAGUACAACCCCUACUAUGAGUUCAAGAAGCAGUUCUUCCUGCAGAAAGAAGGGGGCGACGGCGCUCAGGCCGUGUCGGCACCAGAGGAGGCUCCUGCAGAGUCGGCCCCUGAAAAGCCCAGCGACACGGGGGAGGAAGGUGUGGCUGAGGACGUGGCGGACACAGGAGGGAGAGGCGGCCCAGGGGGCAAGAAGGAGUCGGCGUCUGGGAAGGCUGCCCCGGAUGGGAAGCUGGUGAAAGGUACGCUGCCUGGCCUCCCAGGCGUUCCUGACGUUCGCACUCGCCGGGUGGGGCUGUCCCAGGGGCCGCGCGAUGGCUUAGCGGCCUGCUCUGCAGGGCAGGGCCCGAGCAGAAUGUUUCAAGGGAUUAGUCUGGGACUUCAGAGCCUAAUUGACAUGCAGACGUUGUCCCCGGAAACUGCUUUCUCCCAGGCAGGACUCCGCCAUUCAGUCCAGUUCCCUUUAUGUUUGUGAGGGACAGACAGAGGG